CUCGCACCAGAGCGCAUGCGCGGCCCCGCCCCGUUUCCCCCGGCGCUCGGAACCCGAGUCCGCGGGAAGAUGGCGGCCCCGCUCAUCCCUCUCUCCCAGCAGAUUCCUACUGGAAAUCCAUUAUAUGAAUCUUAUUACAAGCAGGUAGACCCAGCAUACACAGGGCGAGUUGGGGCCAGUGAAGCUGCACUUUUUCUAAAGAAGUCUGGGCUCUCAGACAUUAUCCUUGGGAAGAUAUGGGACUUGGCCGAUCCAGAAGGUAAAGGGUUCUUGGACAAACAGGGUUUCUAUGUUGCACUGAGACUAGUGGCCUGUGCACAGAGCGGCCACGAAGUUACCUUGAGCAAUCUGAAUUUGAACAUGCCGCCGCCCAAAUUUCAUGACACCAGCAGCCCUUUGAUGGUUACACCACCUUCUGCAGAGGCCCAUUGGGCUGUGAGGGUAGAAGAAAAGGCAAAAUUCGAUGGCAUUUUUGAAAGCCUCUUACCCAUCAAUGGUUUGCUCUCUGGAGACAAAGUCAAGCCAGUCCUCAUGAACUCGAAGCUGCCUCUUGAUGUCCUGGGCCGGGUCUGGGACCUCAGUGACAUUGACAAGGACGGGCACCUGGACAGAGAUGAGUUUGCUGUGGCCAUGCACUUGGUGUACCGAGCCCUCGAGAAGGAGCCCGUGCCCUCCGUCCUGCCCCCAUCUCUCAUCCCCCCCUCCAAGAGGAAGAAGACAGUGUUCCCAGGCGCUGUGCCCGUCCUGCCCGCCAGCCCCCCACCCAAAGAUAGCCUCCGCUCCACGCCCUCCCAUGGCAGCGUCAGCAGCCUGAACAGCACUGGGAGCUUGUCUCCCAAGCACAGCAUCAAGCAAACACAGCCAACAGUAAACUGGGUGGUGCCGGUGGCGGACAAGAUGCGAUUUGACGAGAUAUUCCUGAAGACCGACCUGGACCUGGAUGGCUAUGUGAGUGGCCAGGAGGUGAAGGAGAUCUUCAUGCACUCAGGCCUCACCCAGAACCUUCUAGCACACAUAUGGGCCCUGGCCGAUACGAGGCAAACGGGAAAGUUAAGCAAAGACCAAUUCGCAUUAGCUAUGUAUUUCAUUCAGCAGAAGGUCAGUAAAGGCAUCGACCCCCCUCAAGUCCUCUCGCCAGACAUGGUCCCGCCCUCAGAGAGAGGCACUCCCAUCCCGGACAGUUCAACUUCUCUUGGAUCUGGGGAGUUUACCGGUGUGAAGGAACUUGAUGAUAUCAGUCAAGAGAUCGCCCAGUUACAAAGAGAGAAAUACUCACUGGAACAAGACAUUAGAGAAAAGGAGGAGGCAAUCAGACAGAAAACCAAUGAAGUACAGGAAUUACAAAAUGAUUUAGAUCGGGAAACAAGCAGUUUGCAAGAGCUUGAAGCUCAGAAACAAGACGCCCAAGACCGCCUGGACGAAAUGGACCAGCAGAAGGCCAAGCUCCGAGACAUGUUGAGCGAUGUCAGGCAGAAGUGCCAGGACGAGACCCAGAUGAUUUCCUCGCUGAAGACGCAGAUUCAGUCUCAGGAAUCCGACCUCAAGUCGCAGGAAGAUGACCUGAACCGGGCCAAAUCUGAGCUGAACCGACUGCAGCAGGAGGAAACACAGCUGGAGCAGAGCAUUCAGGCUGGGAAAGUUCAACUGGAAACCAUCAUCAAGUCCCUAAAAUCCACACAAGAUGAAAUCAACCAGGCAAGAAGCAAGCUUUCGCAGCUGCAUGAAAGCCACCAGGAAGCCCAGCGGAGUCUGGAGCAGUGUGACCAGGCACUCGACGGGGCCCAUGGAGCCAGCCUGACCAACCUAGCAGACCUGAGCGAGGGCGUCUCCUUGACAGAGAGGGGCGGUUUUGGAGCCAUGGACGAUCCUUUCAAAAAUAAAGCCUUGUUAUUUAGCAACAACGCCCAGGAAUUGCAUCCAGAUCCUUUCCAGGCAGAAGACCCCUUCAAAUCUGACCCAUUUAAAGGAGCCGAUCCCUUCAAAGGUGACCCAUUCCAGAGUGACCCCUUUGCAGAACAACAGACGGCUUCAACAGAUCCUUUUGGAGGGGAUCCUUUCAAAGAAAGCGACCCGUUCCGUGGCUCUGCCCCCGAUGACUUCUUUAAGAAACAGACAAAGAAUGACCCAUUUACCUCAGACCCAUUCACGAAAAACCCUUCCUUGCCUUCAAAGCUCGACCCCUUUGAAUCCAGUGAUCCUUUUUCAUCAUCCAGUGUCUCCUCAAAAGGAUCAGGUCCCUUUGGAACCUUAGACCCCUUCGGAAGUGGGUCCUUCAAUAGUGCUGAGGGCUUUGCCGACUUCAGCCAGAUGUCCAAGCCCCCAACUUCUGGCCCUUUCACCUCCUCCUUUGGAGGGGCAGGAUUCUCAGAUGACCCCUUUAAAAGUAAACAGGACACUCCCGCUCUGCCUCCGAAGAAACCUGCUCCUCCUCGGCCUAAACCGCCCAGCGAAGCAGUGGCUGAACAGAAAAACCCUGCAUUGUACACGCUGCUGGGUGGUGGAAAGCUCCCCAAGAAUCAUGGCAGUGGAGGUGGGGUGGGGCUUCGCCACUCCUGGAUCCUGGGUGCUGGGGGCACGCACGGCCUCGGAAAGUUCAGAAGUAAAAGUACACCCGUAAGCCAGCUUGGUUCUGCAGACUUUCCCGAGCCCCCUGAUCCAUUCCAGCCACUCGGGGCUGACAGCAGUGACCCGUUCCAAAAUAAAAAGGGGUUUGGGGACCCGUUUAGUGGAAAAGAUCCAUUUGCUCCCUCCUCUUCAGCUAAAUCUUCUAAAGCCUCUUCCUUGGGCUUUGCAGACUUCACCUCUUUUGGCAAUGAGGAGCAGCAGCUGGCGUGGGCCAAGCGGGAGAGUGAGAAGGCGGAGCAGGAGAGACUGGCGAGGCUGCGGAGGCAGGAGCAGGAGGACCUGGAGCUGGCCAUCGCGCUCAGCAAGGCUGACAUGCCCGCCGCCUAGGCGUGGCCUCACGCACGUGCCCACUGGCUGGAUGGCCGUGGGGCAGGCCUGCAACAGCAGAGGACUGGAAGUUUCUGUGUAUAUACACACACGCUCAGUCUCAGCAGUCCCCAGAUCAUGUGACACGUCACAGCCACUGUUAUGUGAAGGACUCGCUGGCCGGUCAGAGGGCCUCGGGCUCUGAGAGGCUGGCCCUGGGGCGAGGGAUCAGCUCACGCCUGUGGAGGCAGCCCUGGGAUCUGCCUCCCUGCUGUGACAUCCCUGCCUCCCUCCUGGAACCAGCAGAGUGCAGGACAAGAAGAGGAAGCGCCCGUCUCCUGCCCUCCCUGCCCUGCUCUCAGCCAGGCCAGCACCAGGGCCCGGGGCGUACCCCCCCCAUACCCCUGACCUCCCCCUGAGACAGACACCCUGGUGAUGUAUGCAGUCAUUGUAUAAAAAUUAAGUUUGAAUGAUUAAUAUAAAAUAUUUUAAUACAAAACAC